AUGCCCCGGCCGGCCAGUCAGAGCCCUACCCAACUUGACCCGGCCGACCAGCCAGAGCCCUACCCAACUUCCAGCCAGCCAGAGCCUGACAGCACUAGACCCAGCUGGCCAGAGAGCAACCUACCCACCUUGCCCCGGCCGCCCAGCCAGAGCCCUACCCCACCUGCCCCGGCCGGCCAGUCAGAGCCCUACCCAACUUGA